CCUAACUCUUCCAGAAUAUUAUUGUAAAAGUGGUCAAAUUGAAGUAACUGAAACUAGUCUGACAAAAGUAAUUUUAACAGCAUAUGCAAGUAUAUUCAAGAAUUUACAUGAUAUUCUGGUCAUGGAAUUAUGGGUUGGAAUAAUAAAAAUAUUUUAG